AAAAUCAAAUUAUAACUUACGUACCCAAGUUAUAUCUAUACAGGGUGUUGCUAAACAUACCCUACCUAUCAUCCAUGUCGACCUACCUUCUUCCAGACCAAAACGAUUGCCACCACGGCGCGUCCAUUAACGCCCAAAACGACAUUCAAUCAGAUGAACAACACAUGAUCAACAACCUCCUUGCAACUCUCCCCAAAGCGAAAGCAUGGAGAAGUGAACACAUUUUUCUCUACAAGGGUUUUUGGUUAAGCUCCGAAGUGAUCAAAGGCCUUUUGUUGAUUCACAAACACUUCACCCCUCAACCAACCGAUAUCUUCCUUGCAGCUUUCAUGAAGUGUGGCACCACCUGGCUCAAAGCUCUCAUGUUCGCCAUCGCUAACCGCCACCGUUACAAGCUUUCUGACCACCCCCUCCUUCGAACCGGGCCUCAGAGCGCUUUCCCUUUCAUUGACACCCAUAUUUUCCUUGAUUACCCGGCAACAAACUUCGACAACCUCCCGGUUCCUCGACUCUUCGCAACACACUUCGCGCAUGGCUUGUUACCGACGUCGAUUACCUCGACAUGCAAGUUUGUGUACGUGUGUAGGGACCCGAAAGAUGCACUUGUUUCGAAGUGGCAUUUUUUGAGUAAACUUAGGUCGAAAGAAUUGCCACCUCUUCCGUUUGAUGAAGCUUACGAGCUGUUUUGCAAUGGAGUUUCAGAGUAUGGACCCUUUUGGGACCAUGUGUUAGGAUAUUGGAAACCAAGCCAGGAAUCACCGGAUAAGAUCUUGUUUUUGAAGUACGAGGAUAUGAAGAAGGAGCCAUCGGUGGAGCUGAAGAAGCUAGCGGCGUUCAUGGGAAUGCCGUUUACAGCAGAGGAAGAGAAGGAAGGGGUGGUGGAGGAGAUCGUAAAGUUGUGUAGCUUUGAGAAUUUGAGUAGCCUAGAGGUUAACAAAGGUGGCGGCGGUGGUCAGAAGUUCACCGCAAAGGUGGUGGUGGAGAAUCAGGAGUUUUUCAGGAAAGGAGAGGUGGGAGAUUGGAAGAAUCACUUGACAGAAGAGAUGAAAGAUCGGAUUGAUAAUAUCACCAACGACAAGUUGAAAGGUUCUGGUUUAACGUUAGGUCUCACCAAAUAAACAUGCCAUUUGUCAUAUGUAUUGAAAGUUGAAACUAUGGGUUUUUUGUUUGUAUUUUAUGUUACAAUAACGUUUGUAUGCUACGUUAUUAUUAAGAAUUUAUACAU